UUCUCCAGCGCACUAACUAGAAACACGCUCUCCGAUGUCCGAUUCAACAUUUUCUUUUCCACCAGAAAUGGACGCCAUAGGCAGUGGACAUGGCGGGUUCUGGAACUGGAAUCCUUCGCCUGGGAAGCCCAAUUUAAAUCGCCCUCGACGGCAACGACGCUUUGAUUCCAAAUCCGAAUCCUAUGGUUCGGCCGAGUCCGCGGGUAGCUCCGGUUUUCGCUUCCCCCUCAAGCAGGCCGUGGCCGCCAGCUCCCUUGCCCUCACCGGCGAUACAAUCGCUCAGCUAACACAGCGUUGGAGGAAAGCAGAGGCUAUCAAGAACUCUGUUCUGGAUUCUGGUGGGUCCAAACAGGAUGAACUGUGGAACCACCUCUUAGACCAUGAUUGGCUACGUGCCUUGCGGAUGACUUCCUACGGUUUCCUUUUAUAUGGCCCUGGAUCUUAUGCCUGGUACAAGUAUCUUGACCACAUUUUGCCUAACCCAACAGUAAAGAAUAUAAUGCUGAAGGUUUUACUAAACCAGAUUGUUCUGGGUCCUUCUGUCAUUGCUGUUGUUUUUGCUUGGAACAAUUUAUGGCUGGGAAAACUCUCAGAGCUUCCAGAAAAAUACAGAAAAGAUGCCUUUCGCACAUUGCUUUAUGGAUUUAGAUUCUGGAUCCCUGUCAGUGCGAUAAAUUUCUGGGUGAUACCACUUCAAGCUCGAGUGGCUUUCAUGUCUAUGGGCUCAAUAUUCUGGAAUUUCUUCUUGUCGUCAACAAUGAGCAAGUAAAACGUAUGGAGGAAAUUUUCCAGCAACUUCAUAGUUCGAAGAUUUCAACAUGAGAUUAGCUCAUGGUCUUACGGACGAGGGAGAGGAUAGUUGUGCAGAAGAGGCAAUGAUUUCAUGGCACGUUUGGUUCGAAGAAUCUAUGGAAAUGGAAUGAAAUGGAAUGGAAUGUAAUAAUGAUUACUGCUAUUUUGUCUGGUAUGCUUUUAAGGAAAGGAGAUGCAAUAGGGUAAAAAUGUUUGGUUCAAUUACAAAAAACAUGGGAAUAGGCUGUAUUAAUGAAUCAAAAGAUAAAAAUACCCUUGUAUAUUAAAAUCAAUCAAAACACUUUCCAGCUCUUUUCCACUCUA